AUGAUGCAGAUUAAGGCCAAAUUUGAUACUGACAAAGGUCUGAACUUCAUCCAACAGUGUUACAUCUAUCAGGGACUGAAGAAGUUUGGUGAUGAUGGAAAGGAUGCUGUGGAUAAGGAAUUGAGACAAAUGCUCCUAAGAGAUUGUUUCACUCCCGAAUUUGUUAAAGACAUGACCGCGUCUGAGCAAAAGAAGGCCCAAUCAGCGAUGAUGUUACUUGCGGAAAAGCAAUUUGAAAAGACAAUUAAAGGUCCCCUAGUAUACCGAGGCAAUGGAACUUGUGAAUGGUUAUCGCAAGAGGACACUGUAAGUCCAACUGCUUUGCAGGAAGCAAUCACCACUACUUGUGUUAUUGAUGCACACGAAGGUAGAGAUAUAAUGAUGAUGGACGUGUCUAACGCUUUCAUUCAAACUUAUAUGCCUGAAGCUAAGGAAGGAGAAGAUCGUAUCUACAUGAAAAUAACUGGCAUGAUGGUCCAGAUAUUGAUUGACAUGGCCCCAGAGUAUCGCAAAUACGUUGUAUUAGAGAACGGAAAGCGAGUAAUAUAUGUGCGGGUACUACGUGCUAUAUAUGGGAUGUUGCAAUCAAGCCUCCUAUUCUAUAAUCAGUUUCAAAGUGAUUUGGAGACAAAGGGAUUUGUGUUCAAUCCAUAUGACCCGUGUGUUGCUAACAAAGUUGUUGAUGAAAAACAGCAAACUAUCAGGUUGUUGGUGAAAUGGGAUCUUGAUAGGUAA